AGAGGACAGGGCUCGGGCACGGUCAGAGGGGCUGCCCAUUCUGAGGGAGACGGGAUCCUGGCCCAGUCUUGUGGUCCCAUAGUUUGAAGGGCCAGAAGAGGGGACUCAGACCCUGCCCCUGGGUGUCCCAGCCUAGGGGACAGAAGAGAAAAGAACCCAGGCUCUGUCCUUGGGGGCUCCCAGUCUGGAGGUCCAUGCUGGCAGCAAGGCCGCACUGGCUGCCCUGUGCCCUGGAGACCUGAUCCAGGCCAUCAAUGGUGAGAGCACAGAGCUCAUGACACACCUGGAGGCUCAGAACCGCAUCAAAGGCUGCCAUGACCACCUCACGCUCUCUGUGAGCAGGCCUGAAGGCAAGAGCUGGCCCAGUGCCCCAGAUGACAGCAAGGCUCAGGCACACAGGAUCCACAUUGACCCUGAGGCCCAGGAUGGCAGUCCAGCGACCAGCAGGCGGCCCUCAGCCACAGGAUUUGGGCCAGAAGAUGGUAGGCCAGGCCUGGGAUCUCCUUAUGGGCAGCCACCUGGCCUCCCAGUCCCUCACAAUGGCAGCAGCAGUGAGGCCACCUUAUUGGCCCAGAUGAGCACCCUGCACGUGUCUCCACCCCACAGCACUGACCCAGCCAGAGUCCUCCCGCGGAACCGCGACUGCGGAGUCGACCUGGGCUCUGAGGUGUACAGGAUGCUGCGGGAGCCGGCCGAGCCCCCAACUGCAGAGCCCAAGCAGUCAGGCUCCUUCCGCUACUUGCAGGGCAUGCUGGAGGCCGGGGAGGGUGGGGAGCGGACGGGGCCUGGCGGCCCCCGAAACCUCAAACCCACGACUGGCAAGUUGGGCGCCCCGCUGAGUGGCCUGCAGGGGCUACCCGAGUGCACGCGCUGCGGCCACGGCAUCGUGGGCACCAUCGUCAAGGCACGGGACAAGCUAUACCACCCCGAGUGCUUCAUGUGCAGUGACUGCGGUCUGAAUCUCAAGCAGCGCGGUUAUUUCUUUCUGGACGAGCGGCUCUAUUGCGAGAGCCACGCCAAAGCGCGCGUCAAGCCGCCCGAGGGCUACGAUGUGGUGGCGGUGUACCCCAAUGCCAAGGUGGAACUCGUCUGAGCCUCUUCCGGAACCUUUUGUCUCUGCUUCUUUUAAUGCCCCCGCGCAGCCCAUGUAAAUAUGUGUUUGCCCCUUGCCUUUCUAAUAAACUCUGCUCAGCCCCGUCCA